AUGCGCUUGUUCGGUGUUCCGAAACGUGAGGAAAGUGAGCCCGUGGAGGCGGAGGCGCCACAGCUCGACUCCGCGAGAUCUGUUGGUUCAGGUGAGUCUCCUGCUCAGUCAUCGAAGAACAGCGACAAUGCAUCCUUUGGCCAGAUGAAGUUGGUGAUCAAGAACACGUUUAUAGGGGGCUACGAGGAAGAUCCGGAGGAUGACCCACCACGAACACUCGCACGGUCCGCAAGCGACAGCAAACUCGACUGCACCUCAAGUGCAAGCUCCGUGCUUUUCUGGUAUCCACAGCGAAAGGACUCCAUGAGCCGCUCCAAUUCCAGUGUCAUGUCCAGAAGUGACGCAGAGGAUAUUGAGGAUAGCCAUCUCAUUGAGCACGGCCCAGCUGGGCCCUAUCACAUGGUGUACGGCAGAAGCAGGGCGACAGAGGGAUCACGACAGAGCGUGCGGCCUCCCCAGGAUUUUCUUCGGCAUCGGUCGUUCUCUGGAACAGAGGUGGCCUCGGACAUGCCGAACCAUGUUCCUGCACCAGAUGACUUGAGAGUUCCGCACAGCAGGCUGUCCAUGGAGCAUGCGCAUCGACCGCCUGGGAAUUUCUUUGGCGGCUCCAUACCGCGGCCGCCUGGCAUGUUCGAUGGCCCUCUGCAGCAGCUUGCUGCAGCCCAGCCCAACAUUCAGGGCGGAAUGACCGGGCAAGGAAACUACACUGGCGACAUGCUUCCGCAAGAAGGCGCAGAACUCUUGGACAUGGAGCUUGUGAAGAUGCAGGCGAUGCAGGCUGAGCUCCAGAAGCUGACGGCCACGCGAGCAGGCUCCAGCCAUCAGCACCCCGAGCUGGCCCAGAUGCCAAUGUCGUCUUCCGCAAACGCUUCCUUUCGGAUUUCCAAUUUCCCAGUGCCAAAGUCGGACUUCAUGGCUCAGGCAGUCGCUGGCGACCUCCAACUACCACCCGGGGGGCCAGCUUCUGCGAAUGUCGCAGAGCAGCAGCUGCACCACCAACUGCUGGAGUCGCAGAUGCAGCAGCUGCAGCUGCAGCAGCAGAUGCAGCAGCUUCAAGUGCAGACGCAGCGACUUCAACAGCAGCUGGCUGGGCAGCAGACCACCGGCGUUUCACAGCCAUCCGACGAAGAUGCACUUCUUUCCCAGAUUCCCUUCAAUGACGAAGGUGAGCGCGCUUCCCUUGGGAGCAGGUUACAUCCAGACAACUGCAAUCCCUGCAUUUUCUGGUUCAAGGAUAAGACCUUCUGCAACAAGGGCAUUAUGUGUGACUUUUGCCACUUCCGGCACCCAGGCCAGAAGAACAAAAGGAUCCGACCCUCGAAGAAUACCCGCUUACAGAUGCGGGCUGCUCAAGCCGCCCGAGGGGGGGCAGAGAUCUCUGGCCUGGCAUAA